AAAGGGUUUAGAAAGGGGACAGAGGAGCCGCACGCUUCCCUCUGCGUCUUUGGCAACAGUUACGUCAAUGCAAUGGCUGCUGCUACACUAGUUGAAAGGUCUCCCGCUAUUUCUCUGUCUAAGAUGGAGACAGACGCCUCUAUCCUCAAGAAAUUAGAAGAUGCAGAUGAGGAUGUGGCUGCCAGGGAGACUGGGAUUUUGUCUCUGGCAGAGCAGUACAAGAAAGCUGGUCAGGCUCACCAGCUGGCACAGCUUAUUAAGGAUACACGACCAUUCCUCUCACAGAUUUCGAAGGCCAAGGCUGCAAAAUUGGUACGCACAAUGGUCGACAUGUUCCUGGACAUGGAAGCUUCAACAGGACUGGAAGUAGAAGUAUGCAGGGAAAACAUUGAAUGGUCAAAAAGUGAGCGCCGUACCUUCUUGCGUCAGUCUCUGGAGGCUCGUCUAGUAGCACUCUUCUAUGAUACUGCACAGUACACAGAAGCACUCGCUCUUGGCUCACAGCUGCUGAAGGAGUUGAAGAAAUUGGAUGACAAAAACCUUUUGGUAGAAGUACAACUUUUAGAAAGCAAGACAUAUCAUGCUUUGGGAAAUCUACCUAAGGCUCGUGCAGCCCUGACUUCAGCUCGUACAACUGCCAAUGGAAUCUACUGCCCACCAAAACUCCAGGCUGCCCUUGAUCUUCAGUCUGGCAUUCUCCAUGCUGCAGAAGAAAAGGAUUUUAAGACUGCAUUUUCAUAUUUUUAUGAAGCCUUUGAAGGUUAUGACAGUAUCGAUAGUCCAAAAGCAUUAACAGCUCUAAAGUACAUGUUGCUGUCCAAGAUCAUGCUCCAGUCACCUGAGGAUGUGCACAAUAUUGUUAGUGGAAAGUUGGCUCUACGGCACAGUGGUAGUCAUGUGGAUGCGAUGAAGGGCAUUGCUACUGCAAGUAGCAAGCGCUCACUUGCAGAUUUCAAGACCACUGUUGCCAAGUACAAAGAAGAACUAGAAGGUGAUAUGAUUGUAAAAGCUCAUCUGAAUACUCUAUAUGACAACAUGUUGGAGCAAAAUCUCUGCAGAAUUAUAGAGCCAUACAGUAAGGUGCAGGUGUCAUAUGUCAGUGAAACUAUAGGCCUCCCACAGGAUGCAGUCGAACGAAAACUCUCUCAGAUGAUUCUAGAUUCUAAGUUGACAGGUAUUUUGGAUCAGGGUGCUGGGGUUUUGAUUGUCUGGGAUCCAGUAACAAAAGACAAAACUUAUGAACAUGCUCUUGAUACCAUAAAAGCCAUGGAAAAAGUUGUGGACGUCUUGUACCAGAAGGCAAAGAAACUAACGUAAAAGAUAGCUGGCAUAGCUUUUGCACAGUUACACUAUAUAAGAUUAGGGCUGGUUAUUAUUUCUGGUGUAUUGAUCCCAGUGUGUCUGUCUGUGUAUUGUACUUCAUUAAUGCUGUACAUUGCAGGAAUGUUGAAACUUUCCAGGAUUUUUAAGAGCCCCUUGGAGAAGCUCCCCAGGGUUGUGAUGUAAAACCUGGAUCGUAAUUUGACUGACACCUACAGUUGUGCUACUGAAACCCCCCAUUUUGUAUAUAUAAACUAUCAUACGGAGGGAUAGUAGUGCUUCUUAGUCAGUGAUAAGGUUACUUUAUUAAAUGUGCUACUGUUUAUGAUACAUAUAUCUAUACACACAAAUCAAAUUUAAACUUAGAGUUACUAUUGGAAAGGUUAUUGUUUAUUUUUUUGUUUAUUGUGUAUUUCUGUGACAGGAACAGUAGCUGUUUGGAGUAAUCCAAAGCAAAAUUAUCUGUGUUACUCUAAAUACUAUAUUUCUUUCAGUUAUACAAAUCUAGAUGCCAUUUGUUUUUUUAUUUUUCUUCAAUUUAUGUUCUCAUUUCAGCAAAAAUCAGGAAUAAAAAGAUCAUGUUUAGUUUCUGACACUUGUGUCCCAUUGCUUGUGACCCAGUAUCAGGCAUCUCCUUGUGAGUAGCAGCAAACUCCAAGUGCUGUGUUAACUGUGCUUAGAAAGGACUCUCUUCUCAUACUAACCCAGGAAAUGGAGGAUUCGUUUCUUUUUUCGUCUUUAUGUUGUGCAGUAUCACAGUGAUGACCGUGACUAGGGAUAAGGAUUGCAGUUGCAGGGGACUAUUUUUCAUGUCCGCAUUAUAAUCAGCUUACCACCUAGAUUUGACUUUGAGAUAUUUUAUAAAAUAAAAAGGAAUCUUAA